AUUUGUCCUUCCCAAAGCUUGGGCGGAUGGAGGAGGAGGCUGCGAGGAAGAGGAAGAUGCCUUGGGCCCCCCAGGCAGGUGAGGAGGAAGUCAGUGUCCCUUUGGGCGGGUGUUGUGCUGGCUCUGUCAGCCGAGCAUGGCCCCGGCUGCAGGACAACCCCGCUGGCGCCGCCGUCCUGCCGGGGCCGGAGUUGGGGGGAUGUCCUUGGCCUUCCCUGUGGGCCGGAGGCAAAUCCCCUGCCUGUCCUUCUUGCUUCCUGCCCCAGGCCCCGAGCUGAGGACGGAGAGCCCGGAGGACAAAUCCCCCCGUGAGACCCUGGUGGGAGAGGCCGUCUUGAAGGGCUCCAUGGCGCAGGAAGGCAGCGGGGAGGAAAAGGGCCGGAGAUCCCCCCGCAGGAGGGGCUCCAAAGCCAUCCCAGGGUGCUCUGAGGAGGAAAGAGCCAGCCUGUGCCGGGAAGGCGGCCAGAGCUUGAGGCUUAGCUCUGACCUGGUGGUCCCUGAGCAGCCUCCCAGCAGGGAGAAGCCCUUCAGGUGCUUGGAAUGUGGGAAGAGCUUUAGGAUGAGCAUCAACCUGAUCCGACACCAGCACAUCCACACUGGGGAACGUCCCUACACGUGUGGAGAAUGUGGGAAGAGCUUCAGGGACAGCUCCCACCUCCGCACCCACCAGCGCAUCCACACUGGGGAAGGUCCCUAUAGAUAUGGGGACUGUGGGAAGAGCUUCAGCCAGAGCUGCAGCCUCCGCACCCACCAGCACAUCCACACUGAGGAAUGGCCCUACAAGUGCUUGGAAUGUGGGAAGAGGUUUAGGACCAGCUCAUAUCUCCUCUUGCACCAGCGGACGCACACGGAUGAGAGGCCCUUCUGCUGCACCAACUGCGGGAAGGGCUUCAAUGAGAACUCCAGUCUUGUCACCCACCAGCGCAUCCACACUGGAGAACGGCCCUACACGUGUGGGCAAUGUGGGAAGAGCUUUAGCCAGAGCUCCAACCUCCGCACUCACCAGCUCAUCCACACUGGGGAACGACCCUAUAAGUGCUUGGAAUGUGGGAAGAGGUUUCAGACCAGCGGGAAUCUCCUCCUGCACGAGCGGACACACACGGAUGAGAGGCCCUUCCGCUGCACCGACUGUGGGAAGGGCUUCAAACUGAAUUCCCACCUCGUCACCCACCGGCGCUUCCACACCGGAGAGAGGCCCUACAAGUGUGGGGAGUGUGGGAAGAGCUUCGCCCACAGCUCUGCCUUGACCAGACACCAACAGACCCACCACAGGGAGAAGCCUUUCAGGUGCUUGGAAUGUGGGAAGAGCUUCAGUCAGAGGUCCCAGCUGAUCUGCCACCAGCACAUCCACACUGGGGAACGGCCCUACACAUGUGGAAAAUGUGGGAAGAGCUUCAGGUGUAGCUCCAACCUCUUCACCCACCAGCACAUCCACACUGGGGAACGGCCCUACUCAUGUGGGGAAUGUGGGAAGAGCUUCCGCCAGAGCUCCCACCUCCACACCCACCAGCGCAGUCACACUGGGGAACGGCCUUAUUCUUGUAGGGAAUGUGGGAAGAGCUUCAACCGAAACUCCCACCUCCGUUCCCACCAGCACAUCCACACCGGGGUGCGUCCCUAUACCUGUGGGGAAUGUGGGAAUAGCUUCAGGGAGAGCUCCCACCUCCUGACCCACCAGCGUAUGCACACUGGGGAACGGCCCUACACGUGUGGGCAAUGUGGGAAGAGCUUCAGACAAAUCUCCAACCUUAUUCUACACCAGCACGUCCACACUGGGGAACGGCCCUACACAUGUUUGGAAUGUGGGAAGAGGUUUCACACCAACUCCAAUCUCCUCCUGCACCAGCGGACGCACACGGAUGAGAGGCCCUUCCGCUGCACCGACUGUGGGAAGGGGUUCAAACUGAACUCCCAUCUCAUCACCCACCGGCGCAUCCACACUGGGGAGGGGCCCUACAAGUGUGGGGAGUGUGGGAAGAGCUUCACCCAGAGUUCUAACUUGACCAAACACCAACAGACCCAGCAGUAAUGGAAGCCCUUCCAGUGCCUCGACUGCAGGAAUAGCUUCGGCCGCUGCUUCCACCCUAAAUGAAGCCCCUGAUGGUGAGGCAACCCUUGGAGUCCAGUGACUGUCAGUCCAUCUCUUUUGACCACAAAGGGCCAGUUCCCUUUCAGAGGGGCAGCUUCUUCCAACAGAACCCUUCUUGGGGUGUGUGUGGAGAUUCCUGCCUUGGCUGGGGACUCCCAAGGUCACUGCUGGAGGUUGAGAGCAGAGAUCUCCCCACGAGUGUUGGUGUGGGGGAGUUCCAUCCAUCUCUAAUUAAGAAUUAUUGCUUUUGUGGCAGCUUGAGUAGAAUUGCUUCAACAAUUGCUUUAGUGUAGAGCACUGUCCUAUCUUAUCCUCUACUCCUGGUAGCUUUAGUGUGUAUAUUGUGCACUAAUUGUGAUGAAGAUCUUUUGUCUGAUCAUUUGUAUCUCUAAAUAAAUUCAUUUCUAGCAAUAGAUCUGAUUUGCCAUCAUUAAA